AUGACGAACGGCAAAGCCAUAACACCCGGCGAAAGCGCCCUCACUACAGGCCCAACUGCAGAUCCCAAUCGACCAUCAUCUCCAAGGUCCUUGGUAUCAGAAUUGAGAGUGCUGCUGGGAGUGAUAGAUUCCCGCCCGAAGCCCACUUUCGCACAAUCGCAAGUCGCAGUCGAACUCAAAUCGGCAUUCUCACGUUAUUUUAUCAUCUACGACGACGACGAUGAUGAUGACGAAGAUGAUGGUGAUGUGUGGCUGGAAAAGAGCAUAGAGAACCUAUCUUUUCUCGCCGUAAACAAUCGCUUCCCUCCCAGCCUUUCGCUGAAGGACUAUGCAAAGAUCGACGUGUUGACCUCUCUGCGGGGUCAUGAUCAGUAUGCCAUGCUCCUAGUGCACGAGAAUAAGGUGUUGGUCGAAGGACAAGCUGGCGAACAUGGGAAAAUGGCCAAGGGCUUGUUCAAGUCCAUUGCGAUGGAAGUUGGGAGGGUUAUUAAGGAGAGGAAAGAGAUGGGCGAGAGAUGGGUCGGCCCGUGA